AUGAGCGCAAGUGCAUCAUCGGCAAGUGUGGGUUCCGGCCCAAACCCAACAACAAGCUCAAAUCGAACUGGAGGAGGCGAUGAUGGAAGUGAAGCAAAAGUCAUCACCAGCAAUAAUGGUAGCACGUCAACAAUCUUACUCAAUCGACCAAAAGCAUUAAAUGCAAUCGAUACAGAAAUGGUACAAUUAAUCAGCGAAGGAAUCGAUCAGGCACCAACACAGAAUCGCAUCAUCUUACGUGGUAAAGGUCGUGCUUUAUGUUCGGGAGGAGAUGUUUUGGCAGUGGUAAAUGCUGCAAAUAGUCAAGAUGCUGCUACACGUCAACAAGCAUUAACAUUCUUCAAGAAUGAAUUCGAAUUGGAUUACAAGAUCGCCAUGCUUGACAAACAAUCCAUACCUCGAGUUUUGAUCAGUAUUAUGGAUGGUAUUACGAUGGGAGGAGGUGUAGGUUUGAGUAUCAAAGCACCAAUUCGUGUCGCAACCGAAAAGACGAUGUUUGCAAUGCCCGAAACUGGUAUCGGAUAUUGGCCUGAUGUCGGUGUAACAAGAGAUUUGGCAAGAUUGGACGGAAAGAUCGGUGUCUAUCUAGGUAUGACCGGUGCACGUAUUUCUGGUGAAGAAGCCUACUUGACCGGAUUGGCAACGCAUUUCCUCAAGUCAAACGUAAUCGAUGAUGCAUUGCACCGUUUGGCCGCAUUGCCUCCAAAUGCAUCAGCAGAAUCGGUUGCCGAAACUUUGGAAGAAUUCGCAUCUGACCCGAUCGAAUCAUCAUCUCAAAAAUCUGCUGAUGAAGCCUUGCCAAAGAGUCCAUUCUUUGGUCUUCGUCGUGUUGCUUUGGAUUACGUUUUCGGUCUUAACAAUGUGGAAGCGAUCUUGCAAGCUUUGAAAGAUAUUGCAGAGCAAAGUAAAGAUUCAGUCACAGCUAAAGCAUUGGCAAAGAUCAAUGUACCUCUUGAUGCAUUCGGAUUAGGUGAAUGGGCUCAAACCACUUUGAAGACUUUGCACACCAAAUCACCGCGCAGUUUGAAGGUCACCUUCAGAGCUGUCAAAGAAGCUCGUCAAAAUGACAUUCCAGCAGCAUUUGAAAAAGAUAUGCGAUUAGCAACGGCAUUUUGUGAUUUGGGAGUAGGAAGAGAUUUCUACGAAGGUGUGACAUUCACAUUGACAAAAGAUCCAGCAACGGGUAAACGUAGAGAAGGAAUUGCAAAUUGGGAUGCAAAGACGGUAGAAGAGGUUGAUGAUGAUAAAGUUGAAAAAGUAUUCUUUGGAUCUUUGGAAGAUGCAAAAUAUGCUGGGUUAACGAUGGACAUUCCAAAAUUGGAAGGAUUGCCAUCUGGAUCAAUCAAGAAAAAAGUAUCCGUCCAAGGUGUUGGACCGUUACAUUGGGAAAAGGGACAUAACCGAUUGGCUUUGCCGAGCGAGGCUGAAUGUGAGGCUUUGCGUGAGGGCAGCCAUCCUGCAGCGGGUGACUACCAAUUAGAGGGAGAUGAGAUGAUCAAAAUUCUGCGAAGAUCGAAGGAUAAGCCUUCGUUGGAGUUCAAGGUGAAUGAAUGGCUAAAACGCAGACAGGCAUAA